AUGGCAACGUACGAAACCGCAGAGAACAAGUUCCUAACGAUUAACGGAGUCAAACAUGCCUACCGUCUUUUUGGUCAGACCCAUGGAGUGCCGCUCUUCCUGCACAUCCACUUCCGAGGCAACAUGGACUCCUGGGAUCCAGCAUUCAUCAACCGACUGGCUGCGAAACGCCCAAUCCUCCUCGUCGACAGCACGGGCGUCGGUCGCAGUGAAGGCGAAGUACCCACCAAGUACUCCGGUUGGUCGUCGAUCAUCAUAGACGUCAUCGACGCCUUGGGAAUUACGAAGAUCGACGUCCUGGGGUUCUCGAUGGGCGGUUUCAUCGUGCAGCUCAUCGCUCUGGAGGCGCCGCACCUCGUGCGGAAGCUUAUUGUUGCGGGCUCCGGACCCAGCAUCGGUGAGGGCGUGGUUGGCAGCGACCCGGAGUACUUCACCCAGGUGGCCAGUGCGACGACCGAUGAGGAGGCGCAAAAGGCGUUCAAGUGGACGUUCUUCUCGCACUCGGACAAGAAGCAAGAGCUCGCCGAGCAGUGGUGGCAGCGCAUGACAAAGGCGCGUUCAGACCGCGCCCCGUUGCUCGGGCCAGAAGGUACGCAGAACCAGAUCGCUGCUGUUUCGCGCUUCAUGUCUGAGGGCCACCGCGACGAGGGUACGUAUGAUCGCUUGGACCAGAUCAAGAUUCCGGUCUUGGUCGCCAAUGGGAGCAAUGAUCUCUUGGUCGCCACUGAAAACAGCUAUGUCUUGUGGAAGAGGUUGGUCAAUGCUGAUGCUCACCUGCAUCUGUAUCCUGAUAGUGGGCAUGGUUUCUUGGAUGAGUACCAUGAGCAUUUCUCAAAUUUGGUCAAUGUUUUCUUGGAUGAGGAGUAG